UCCCCCGGGUCGACUUCCGGCGAGCGGGCGAGUGCAAGCGGCGUGGCCGCGGGCGUCGGUUUUGUUUCCUUUUGAAUUCUUGCUUUGUGGACAGAGUGAUGGCAGCACGAGUACUUGUAAUUGGCAGUGGAGGAAGGGAACACACACUGGCCUGGAAACUAGCACAGUCUCAUCAUGUCAAACAAGUGUUGGUUGCCCCAGGAAAUGCUGGCACUGCCUGCUCUGAAAAGAUCUCAAAUAGUGCUGUCUCAGUCAGUGAUCACACUGCCCUGGCUCAGUUCUGCAAAGACGAGAAAGUUGAAUUUGUGGUUGUUGGACCAGAGGCACCUUUGGCUGCUGGAAUCGUUGGGGACUUGACCUCUGCAGGUGUGCGAUGCUUUGGCCCCACAGCAGAAGCAGCUCAGCUGGAGUCUAGCAAAAGAUUUGCCAAAGAGUUUAUGGACCGACACGGAAUCCCAACUGCACAAUGGAGAGCUUUCACCAAGCCUGAAGAAGCCUGCAGCUUUAUUAUGAGUGCAGACUUCCCUGCUUUGGUUGUGAAAGCCAGUGGUCUUGCAGCUGGGAAAGGGGUGAUCGUUGCAAAGAGCAAAGAGGAGGCUUGCAAAGCUGUUCAGGAGAUCAUGCAGGAGAAAGCUUUUGGAGUAGCUGGAGAAACAGUCGUCAUUGAAGAACUUCUUGAAGGAGAAGAGGUGUCUUGUCUGUGUUUCACUGAUGGGAAGACAGUGGCCCCAAUGCCCCCAGCCCAGGACCAUAAGCGAUUACUGGAGGGAGAUCAGGGGCCCAACACUGGUGGAAUGGGAGCCUACUGCCCAGCACCUCAGAUUUCUAAGGACUUGUUACUAAAAAUUAAAAACACUAUUCUUCAGAGGACCGUAGAUGGCAUGCAGCAGGAGGGUACUCCAUACACAGGAAUUCUCUAUGCUGGCAUAAUGCUGACCAAGGAUGGCCCAAAAGUUUUGGAGUUCAAUUGCCGUUUUGGUGAUCCAGAGUGCCAAGUAAUUCUCCCACUUCUUCAAAGUGAUCUUUAUGAAGUGAUUCAGUCCACCUUAGAUGGCCUGCUGGGUACAUCUCUACCUAUUUGGCUAGAAAACUACACUGCCAUAACUAUUGUCAUGGCAAGUAAAGGUUAUCCUGGAGCCUAUACCAAGGGUGUAGAGAUAACAGGGUUUCCUGAGGCUCAAGCUUUAGGACUAGAGGUGUUCCAUGCAGGCACUGCCCUAAAAGAUGGCAAAGUAGUGACCAGUGGGGGAAGAGUCCUUACAGUCACAGCCAUCCGGGAAAAUCUCACAGCAGCCCUUGAAGAAGCCAGGAGAGGACUGGCUGUUAUCAAGUUUGAGGGAGCAGUCUAUAGGAAGGACAUCGGUUUUCACGCCAUAGCCUUCCUCCAGCAGCCCAGGUAA